CCGCCGUUGUGAUUUUGUGUUGACCAUCAUCAAAAUGGCUUCUCUCCUUCGCUAUCUACAGAACAUCCUAUGUAAUAAAUGAAAUGAAAAUCUAUCGUCGAAAUGCUGCGCAUCUUAGCAAAGCAAGGUCGGCUUGUCUCAGUUACGAAAAGGCCCAAACCAAUGCGCGGCAGCGAUCAAGCCUUAGAAGCGACAACCGCAACGGUGAAUUCAACAGCAGAGGUGAAUUUAUAAGUGUACUUUCCUUUCUUGCAUUUUCUCAUGACUAGGCAGUUAAAUCUUGUCCUUUUAUCCAUUCUAUUUUGUAGCUAGCGUUUUACUGUUUUUGGACGUGUCGCAUAGGCACAGGGCUCUGCAUGAUCGCGAUCGUCGAUGAAAUUGCGGCCAUUGGCCUGCACAUCGAUCUUCUCAAGUUUUCGUUGCCCUGUCGAACGAUUCUGUGCUAUCACGUGUUGGCCUUCAUAGCCUCCAGUUAUCUAGAACGGAUCUGGAAAGUACGGGGGUUUUGAGCUGGUUUGGGG